AUGCCGUCUUCACUCGGAAAGACCCUCGUCGUGGCCCUCGCGCUCGCCUCUGGUUUCUCCGGCACCGUCGCCGACGACGCCUCCUCUCACCACGACGUCGCCUACGUGCGCAGUCUCAAGCACGCCCGACGUGCGCACCGGGCCGACUCGGAAGCGGGUCCAUCAAACCUCACCAAGCGUGGCCCUACCUACUCCGGCCGCGCGACCUACUACGCAGCGGGCCUGGGAGCUUGUGGCGGCUACAACUCCGGUAGCGACUUUAUUGUGGCCCUCAACGCAGCGCAGUAUGGCAACAUGGGUCAGCGAUCCAGCUGGUGUGGUCGAACCAUUGCCAUCACGUACAAUGGCAACACGCAGUAUGCCCAGGUGGCAGAUGCGUGUCCUAGCUGUCCUUAUGGAGGUUUGGACAUGAGCGAGGGGCUGUUCAAGGCGUUUGCGCCGACGAGCGUGGGUGUUUUCCAGAUGAGUUGGACUGCCGCUGGCGGUUCCGACAGCAAUGGUAACGGCGGUAACGGCGGUAAUGGUAAUGGAGGCAAUGGCAACGGAGGCAACGGAGGGGGUAGGAGCACCAGGUCAAGCACUCCAGCAUACACCCCUCGCCCAACACCAACGAGCACCUACACACCCCCUCCUCCGUCAUCGACAUACACUCCCCCCGCUCCAACCACCACCUCGAGCCGAAACCGCCCCGCCUCGUCGUCUUCGUCAAGCACCCCCUCGACCACCACCUCCUCCGACGAACCUAGCUCCACUUCGUCGUCCGAGGCACCAGAAGAAACCCCCGAUAGCGCAAACAACCUCGACAGCUUCGCCCUCAUCUACCAGGGGCUCAACCAGAUGGUUGCCGCCGCUUCUUAA